CAAUAGAGCUGCGAAAGAGCAGUGCAUCACAACUCACGCCAACCGGCCGAGCCUCACCAUGUCACAGUCCUCACACGUAAGUCACGCGUCUUGACAAUGGCUCAGGCUCAGUUCUCUCACUCUAGUGUGAGCCCAUGGCUGAACCCAUCCCGCAGCCGGUGGCCGCCGGGAACACCCAACCAACCCUCCCGCCAAACAUCUCCAUCUACACCGGCCCCGGCAAGGCAAGCCUGCUCUCGGCGAGCCUCUUCACGCGACUGGCUACCACGGCCUCGGAACCUGGAAAGCUCUCAGCGGCCCUCGCCGGCAAGUCCACAGCCUCCGAGGCGGCAGGCAGCUUUUGGCACCAGCACCAGAACGCCGUGCUCAUCUUUGACGGCCGCCGCAAGCACACGGCUCCGGGCCAAGAAGAGCAGGGAGAGGGCCCGGCGGAUGAUGACGACGAUAGCGACGAGAAGGUCCAGGAUCGCCACCACGAGCACUUCCGCGAGAUCUGCCUGCUCCUGAAAGACGCGGAUAUCGGCGUGCAGUAUGGCCGGUGCGUGUUUGACGCGGACAGCUCGCUUGCCGCGGGGUUUCAGCUUGAUCGGUUGGGGAGCGGGGAUGUCAUGGUGGUCGAUUUACAGCAGAUGGAAGACGACGCGGAGGACAGCGAUGCAGGAGACAAGGGGCAAGAGCAGGACAGCGACGACGACAGCGACGAUGAUUCAGAUGUAGACCUCGCGGCACUCGGCGACGUCGUGAGCGGAAGUCUAUCAUGAUUCUAUUAGGCGGCUAAUCUAGAAGUGAAGCGUCUGGAUUUAUCAACAU